AUUUCAUCUCAAAAACUUCAAAAAUGGCGGGGGGUUGCGUUGCGUUGCGUCCCAAUGCUUUCUCUCUCCUCCUCUCCUCCUUUAACUGAAUGAAAAACUCUUCGUAUUUCUCCCCUAUUUAACAGAUUCGCAAAACGAGAAUUUUAACUUUACAAAUCUCAAAAGGAAGAAUCAUUGAGACUGAAUCUAUAAAUAAAUGAGAUUUUUAGUGAAGAGAGGAUAAUCGGAAAGCAUAUAUAAGAGCGAAUUAGCUAUGGCGGUCUCGAACGGGACGGAGUACUUCGAGUUGGAGAUGGAAGCAGGGAGGGAGUCAUUUGCGAGGGCGUCAAAUGCCGAUUUCGUGGAGGAUGAUGAGGAGGAGCUGCUGUGGGCCGCGCUCGCCAGAUUGCCGUCGCAGAAGCGAGGCAACUUCGCUUUGAUUAGGAGAAAUACGUCGGAGCGACGAGGAAAUGAUGAGACGAUUGACGAUACGGUAGUGGAUGUGAGGAAGCUCGAUCGGAGGGAGAGAGAACUCGUUGUGAAGAAGGCAUUCGCAACCAAUGAGCAGGAUAAUUUCAAGCUGCUCUCCGCCGUUAAAGAACGCCUUGAUAGAGUUGGAUUGGAAGUGCCAAAAGUUGAAGUAAGAUUUGAGAACUUAAACAUUGAGGCCGACGUUCAAAUUGGUUCAAGAGCUCUUCCUACUUUGAUCAAUAUUGCCCGUGACCUUUUUGAGAAUAUCCUGACAAGAUUGAGGAUUUUAAAACCUAAUAAAUUCCGGAUAGCCAUCUUGAAAAACAUCAGUGGUGUUGUGAAACCAAGAAGGAUGACUUUACUCUUAGGACCUCCGGGAUCAGGCAAAUCCACCUUGCUUCUGGCUCUGGCUGGGAAACUUGCCAACAAUUUGAAGGAAAUCGGAAUUUUCUGUGGAGUGGAAGUAGCAAGCAAAUUUGUCGUCGGAGCGUGCUACAGAUUUGCUUGGUUUGUUCUGUUCGUGGAGAAACAGCGAGUGAGGAGUCCGGUGUUUUGCAGUGCGGCACUGCAAGACAGGGACUUAGACGGGGAUUGGGGCCUCUCCCAUCUUACGAUUCAUGUUUUGCAAUCCAGUAAUCUAAACUGGAAAACACUUUUUCGAAAAAGUGGGAAUAUUACGUACAAUGGCCAUACGCUUGACGAUUUCUAUGUUAAAAGGACUUCCGCAUACAUUAGCCAAACAGACAAUCACAUCGCAGAGCUCACAGUACGGGAAACGCUUGAUUUUGCAGCUAGAUGCCAAGGGGCAAGUGAAGGCUUUGCAGGCUAUAUGCAAGAUCUGGCCCAUUUGGAGAAGGAAAGGAACAUCCAUCCCAGUCCAGAGAUUGAUGCUUUUAUGAAGGCAUCAUCUGUCAGUGGUAAAAGGCACAGUGUUUCAACAGACUAUGUCUUGAAAGUGCUUGGCCUUGAUGUUUGUUCAGAGACAAUAGUUGGUAAUGAUAUGCUCAGAGGUGUCUCAGGUGGCCAAAGAAAAAGGGUUACCACAGGAGAAAUGAUUGUUGGACCAAGGAAAACGCUGUUUAUGGAUGAAAUAUCAACCGGCCUAGAUAGCUCCACAACAUACCAAAUUGUAAAAUGCAUUCGAAACUUUGUUCAUCUGAUGGAUGGAACUGUCCUAAUGGCUCUUCUGCAACCUGCACCUGAGACGUUUGAGCUGUUUGAUGAUCUAAUUCUACUAUCAGAAGGAUACAUGGUUUAUCAAGGCCCUCGAGCAGAAGUGUUGAAAUUUUUUGAAUCAUUGGGAUUCCAGCUACCACCACGUAAGGGAAUUGCAGAUUUUCUUCAGGAGGUGACCUCCAGAAAGGAUCAAGCUCAGUACUGGGCUGAUCCAUCAAAGCCGUAUGUGUUUCUUCCUGUUUCAGAAAUUGCAAAUGCAUUUAAAAGUUCCAGAUUUGGGAAGUGCUUGGAGUCAACACUGGCCCAUCCAUAUGAUAAAUCUGGGAGUCAUCCCUCAGCUUUGUCCAGGAAAAAAUUUGCUAUAUCAAAGUGGGAGCUUUUUAAGGCAUGCUUUUCCAGAGAGUUGCUUCUAAUCAGAAGGCAUCGCUUCCUUUAUAUCUUUAGGACACUCCAGGUCACAUUUGUUGGAUUUGUAAUGAGCACAAUUUUCUUGAGGACAAGGGUGCACCCAACAGAUGAAACAAAUGGCAACCUUUACCUCUCUUGCCUCUUCUUUGGGUUGGUGCACAUGAUGUUUAAUGGACUUUCUGAGCUGUCACUUAUGAUAUUUCGACUGCCAGUAUUUUAUAAGCAACGAGAUAAUCUUUUUCAUCCUGCAUGGGCAUGGUCUAUUGCCAGUUGGAUUCUACGUGUGCCUUACUCCAUUAUAGAAGCUGUAGUGUGGUCUUGUGUGGUAUAUUACACAGUCGGUUUUGCCCCUACUGCUGGGAGGUUUUUCCGCUUCAUGUUCUUACUCUUUUCAAUACACCAGAUGGCACUAGGUCUCUUCCGGAUGAUGGCUUCUAUAGCACGUGAUAUGGUCAUUGCCAAUACAUUUGGAUCAGCUGCAAUAGAAGUCAUUUUUUUAUUGGGUGGAUUUAUCAUGCCAAAAGAUCAAAUUAAGCCAUGGUGGAUUUGGGCCUUUUGGCUUUCACCACUAUCCUAUGGACAACGAGCAAUCUCUGUUAAUGAAUUUACUGCUACAAGGUGGAACAAGAAAUCUGCUUUGGGGAACAACACAGUUGGGUAUAAUGUUCUAAACUUACAUGGUUUACCUGAUGGUGAUUAUUGGUAUUGGCUUGGAGUAGGUGUUUUGUUACUUUAUGCACUGCUUUUCAACAACUUGGUGACACUGGCUCUGGCUUACCUUAAUCCUCUCAGACAGACCCAAGCAAUUGCUGCUUCUGAUUUCAUAGAAGAAAGUUUUGCCAGGAAUGAAAAUGAGUUGAGUUCGACAUCUGCUCCUGGGGGCAGUGAACAAAAGGGGAUGAUACUACCAUUUCAACAAUUAACAAUGACUUUUCAUAAUGUCAAUUACUUUGUUGAUAUGCCUAAGGAAAUGAGUGCACAAGGGAUACCUGAAAAGAAAUUGCAGCUCUUGUCAAAUGUUAGUGGAGUAUUCUCACCAGGUGUUCUUACGGCAUUAGUUGGGUCAAGUGGAGCUGGAAAGACCACCUUGAUGGAUGUGCUUGCUGGCAGGAAAACUGGUGGAUAUAUUGAAGGGGAUAUUAAGAUAUCAGGCUACCCAAAAGAGCAAAAAACUUUUGCAAGAAUUUCAGGAUAUGUUGAGCAAAAUGAUAUACACUCUCCUCAGGUGACAGUUGAAGAGUCUCUAUGGUUUUCUUCCAGUCUUCGCCUUCCAAAAGAAGUUCGCAAUGACCAAAGACAUGAGUUUGUUGAAGAGGUGAUGCGAUUAGUAGAGCUCAAUGGUCUAAGGCAUGCUCUGGUUGGUUUGCCUGGCAGUAGUGGCUUAUCAACAGAGCAGAGAAAACGCUUAACUAUUGCAGUGGAACUCGUUGCAAAUCCUUCUAUUAUUUUUAUGGAUGAACCUACAUCUGGACUAGAUGCACGAGCAGCAGCAAUUGUGAUGCGAACAGUCCGUAACACUGUUGAUACUGGAAGAACUGUGGUGUGCACCAUACACCAACCGAGUAUUGAUAUAUUUGAAGCAUUUGAUGAGCUGCUGCUCUUGAAACGAGGGGGAAGGGUUAUAUAUGGAGGAAAACUAGGCCUGCACUCAAAGAUUUUGAUAGACUAUUUUCAGGGAAUUAGUGAAAUUCCACCUAUUCCUAAUGGAUAUAAUCCAGCAACAUGGAUGCUUGAGGUUACUACUGCUGCUGUUGAAGCAAAAAUUGAUAGUGACUUUGCUGAGAUAUACAGAAAUUCUGAGCAAUACAGAGAAGUGGAAAAUUCUAUCAUGUGCUUGAGUGUUCCACCUCCUGGAUCGGAACCAUUAAGGUUUUCUUCCACUUUUUCUCAAGAUCAACUUUCUCAAUUUUGGAUCUGCCUGUGGAAGCAAAAUCUUGUAUAUUGGAGAAGUCCACGAUACAACAUGGUGAGGUUGGUCUUCACCACAGUGAGUGCCAUAAUAUUUGGCUCUGUAUUCUGGGAUGUUGGUUCGCAAAGGAACUCAACUAAAGGAUUGUUUAUUGUUAUGGCUGCCCUUUAUUCCUCAUGCUUGUUUCUUGGGGUCAAUAAUGCGUCCUCAGUGCAGCCAAUUGUUUCAAUUGAGAGGAUAGUAUUCUAUAGAGAGAGAGCAGCAGGAAUGUACUCUCCAAUUGCUUAUGCAGCAGCCCAGGGUCUUGUGGAGGUUCCUUAUAUUGCCACUCAGACAAUUAUAUUUGGGGUCAUCACAUAUUUCAUGGUUAAUUUUGAAAGGACAGCUAGAAAAUUUUUGUUCUUUCUUCUUUUCAUGUUCCUUACUUUCACGUACUUUACCUUCUAUGGCAUGAUGGUUGUUGGUCUCACACCUUCUCAACAUUUCGCGGCUGUUGUUUCUUCUGCCUUCUACUCUUUAUGGAAUCUCCUGUCAGGUUUUCUUAUCCCAAAACCAAGUAUACCUGGAUGGUGGAUCUGGUUCUACUACAUCUGUCCAAUUGCAUGGACUUUACGGGGCAUCAUCACCUCCCAGCUUGGAGAUGUGGAGACCAUGAUUGUUGAACCAGGAUUUCAAGGCUCCGUGAAAGAGUAUUUGGAAGUUAGUCUUGGCUUUGGUCCUGGGAUGAUAGGGGUUUCAGUGGCUGUACUUCUUGGCUUCUGCAUCUUGUUCUUUAGUGUAUAUGCUUUCUCAGUAAAAUUCCUCAACUUCCAGAGAAGAUGAGCGGUGAAUUUUAAGACGGGGAAAGCACUGCAUCAACAUUGUCAGAUCUCUCGUACAACAAUCUUGAUGUUGAGACCAGAUUGACAAAAGAUACAGGGGAACUUUGCAGCAGGAAGAUGACACCAAAAUAAAAUCAUCGUUGAAAAUGCAGAAGCACUGGUUCUGUUCGUCUGUUUCCCCAGAUCGAUCUUUGAUAAUCUGAACCAUCUUACACAGGAAUUACUCGUUAUAUAUAGAUCAUUGAAACAGUAGAGGAUUGACAUAAACAGAAUUGCAUUUUAGUAUUUCAGUCUCUCAUAUGGUAGUGCAAACUACAAAGAUUGGAACUUGUUUAUGGAAGAAAACAUCUGCAUUCUUUGAUUUGUCAGUAAACCACUUCAUAGAUGAAAGAAAAGUCUCAAGGAGAAAUAGUAAAGAAUGGAAAAGGCA